AUGUGGCGGAUCACUCUCUUAGCUGCCCUCCUGCCUCUCUCAGAGGCCGGCAUCAACCUAAACAAGGUGCUCGACUCACCGUGGGAACUCUGGAAGAUGACACACAAGAAGGAAUAUGAUAGCAAGGAGGACGAAAUGUCCCGAAGACUCAACUGGGAGAAAAACCUCAAAGAUAUCAGCAGCCACAACCUAGAAUAUCUCCUAGGAAAACAGACUUUUAAAAUGGCCAUGAACUCCCUGGGCGAUAUGACAAGUGAAGAGGUGGUGCAGAAGAUGACCGGCCUCAAACCUUCUUCAUCUGAUAAGCCCAGUAAUAAUACACUGUACAUGUCGGACCAGAACAAUGUGGAACCCGACUCCAUAGAUUACAGAGAGAAAGGCUACGUCACUCCUGUCAAAAAUCAGGGCAUAUGCGGAUCCUGCUGGGCUUUUAGCUCUGUGGGGGCCCUGGAAGGGCAACUCAAGAGGAAGACGGGCAAGUUGCUGAACCUCAGCCCCCAGAACCUGGUCGACUGUGCCAGCAGUUGUGAUGGCUGCAAGGGCUGCUCGAUGACCAAGGCCUUCAAGUAUAUAAAGGAGAACCAAGGCAUUAAUUCAGAUGAUUCCUAUCCCUAUAUUGGCAAGCCUCCCGGGGGAGGGCAAGAGCUGGCCUGCAGGGUGGCCGGGGGCAUGGCUUGGCGGUGA